UGUUUAACUGUCACAUUGAUUACAGAAGAGUCUCAGCAGUAGAGAGGAAUUUCUGAUGUAUUCUUUUGAAUGAAGAAACACAUCCUCGACACAAUGAAGAGACUGUACUUCAUCGAGCCGAUCGUCGCGAUUUACGCGUUUGCCAGUUUUAUGGUUUAUCCCCUCGUGCAGCAGUACGUGUAUCGCAGAUUGUGGCUGGAGAUCACAAACUCUUCUUACCCCGUGUCCGACAACACUUCCCAUUGCGCCGCCAACAGCACCAGCCACAGCAGACAGCGAGAUGAGGUGCAGAAAGCAGCUUCUCUGUUCUCCAUGUACAGUGAUUUGUCUUCCAUGAUCCCCAGUCUCAUAGUGACCCUCCUCCUGGUGGCCUACAGCGAUCAGCGCGGCCGAAAGAUCACUAUUAUUUUGCCCCUCAUUGGGUCUCUGGUCUACACGCUUUCAUUCCUGGCGGUCUCCUUCUUCGAGCUCAACCUCUACCUCCUCAUUGCCGCCAGCUUCGUAAGUGCCCUCUUUGGGGGUAUCGGCACCAUGCUAGGCGGCUGCUUCUCCUAUGUGGCCGAUUUGUGCGAGGACAGCAAGCAGAAAACUCUUCGCAUGGCUGUGGUGGACAUGAUGAUUGGCUUGUUGGCCGGUGUGGCGUCAAUCUCCACUGGCUACUUCCUGCAUGCGGUCGGGUUCAACUGGCCUUUCUUCACGUCUGCCAUAUUUCAGGCGGUUAACUUGCUAUAUGCCAUCUUCAUUCUGGAAGAAACCAGGGUGAUUGACCAGUCAGAGACUGUGGCUUGUUGUCAGGCCAUGCAGAAACUUGUAUGUGGUAUCUACAACUUGUUUGCAGGAGGCAGUAGUCAAAGAAAAUGGAUUCUUGUGCUGUUGAUUGUCACUUUCUCCUCCUUAUCUUUUGUCAAUACGGGGGGUCUGUCCAUGAUCACACUUUACGAACUCAAUGAGCCGCUGUGCUGGAGCGAGUUCCUCCUCGGCUAUGGCGCCGCGGCCAGCACCUCCAUCUUUAUCACUAGUUUUGUCGGUGUGUAUUUGUUCUCCCUCUGUCUGUCUAACACUGCCAUCGCCUUCAUCGGGAUGCUGUCAGUCGCUAUAAGCAUGUUCAUGACGGCCUUCGCAAAGACCACGCUCAUUAUGUUUCUCGUAAGGAUUCCUGCUAUGUUUGCCAUCAUGCCGUUCCCUGUCCUGCGUUCGAUGAUGUCAAAGGUCGUCUCAAAGUCUGAGCAGGGAGCACUCUUUGCCUGUGUGGCCUUUACGGAAAACCUGAGCACUAACGGGUCCUCUGUGGUUUUUAGCAGAAUCUAUGCGGCCACCGUGGCAUGGUGUCCUGGCUUUAUCUUUCUGUUGGGUGCUGGACUCUGUAUCAUUCCCAUAAGUCUAUUAGGCAUCCUUAGGUGUUUCCAUUCAUUGGAUUCUAAUGACACUCAAGCACUCUUAUCAGAAGAUGGGACUGAAGCCUCACCAUGACCCACCUGAAGCUUAAAAUCAACGGGAGUUUGGAUACCUCAUGGUUCCCCUGUGUGGUUCUUUACAUUACCUCAUACCAACACAUGUGGGUAAUCUGUUCAAGCCUAUGUGUAUUUUUAGUAUUUUGAGUCGCUGCCAUGAAAUAUGCAUUUUUGCUGAAAUGCAGUAUAUGCUUAUGGUGGUUUUGGAAGGGAACAGAACUUUAUAUUUCUAAAGGGAAAUUUUUUUGAAAGAGGGAGUAUUUUUAAAAAUAAUAAUAAUAAUAAUUUCAGCAAAAACUAAAUUUAUAUUUCCUUAAGGAAAUACCAGUCACUUGCAAGGCAGCAACAAAACAGUAACAGUCUAAGGUGAGUUUAGGUUAGGCUUUGAAUCUGUUUCGUCCACAAACAAGAAUGUAGUUAAUGUGAAGGGUAAUGACAAGACCAAUCACAAUUCAGUAUGCAAAUGGUUGUAAGAAAGAUGACCAAUCCAAUUAAGUAUGCAAAUAUAACAAUUAUAUCUUCACCUUUAAAGAACUUAAGGGUUUAAAUAUUGAAAUCGAUCAUUGAUCGUGGUUUGAAUAGAGUUAAAGAGACCAGAAUAGAGUUAGUUUGAAUAGAUUUAGAAUUAGAACUGAAUUAAUUUAUUGUAUGUACUGAAUUAAGUGCAGAAGUUUAAUACUUAGAGAUUGAAUGUUUGAGGGAUAUCAGUACAUUGCUGCCUCACAAGUGUAAAGUUUGGGCUGAUGUGCAAUACAUUCUUGUUUUGUUUGAACCAACAUUUACUGUAGA